GAGAUCUCAUAACUCUCUAAGAGCCCAACAUUUAGUCAUACAUGUGCAAAGAAUUGUUGCCAUGCCAGGUUUAGUCACAUCUCCAACAAAGGAGCUUCAGCAAAUCAACAUGGACACUGACAACAAGAAGACAGAGAAAUACAGAGGGGGAAACCUGAAGUAUCGGCUGCAGCGUAAAUCAUCCCAAGCCACAAAAACUGAGGGGCUUUGUUUUGAAGAUAUGUCUCAGUGGUCACAAUCACUUGAGAGGCUUCUUUCAUCCAAAUAUGGAAUGAAGAUAUUCCAGGCAUUCCUGAAGUCGGAGUUCAGUGAUGAAAACAUUGAGUUUUGGGUGGUUUGUGAGGAGUUUAAGAAGAUAAGAAAUUCCUUCAGGAUGUCAUCCAGGGCGAAAAAGAUCUUCAAACGCUACAUUCAAGCUGAAUCUCCCAGAGAGAUCAACAUUGAUCAAAAGACGAGGGAAAGGAUCCAGCAGAACAUAGAGGCGCCUUCUACAGUGUGUUUUGAUGACGCUCAAAAGAUCGUCUACGGGUUAAUGGAGAGGGACUCUUACCCACGUUUCCUCAAGUCUGACAUUUACAGGACUUUAACGGACUCCACAUCACAAUCGGUGAACAUGUAAAAAGAAGUGGAGCCUGAGACUUUGUGUGUGUAAAAGCUGGACUUUGACGCUACGCCCAGUACUGGACUACCUGAGAGGAGCCGUGACGUCUGCUUGUUUGUCCUGAGACUGGUGGUGAUGGACACCAAAACUAAACCCAGUUUAUUUCCAUUACAUUCAUACUUUUCUAAAGAGUUGGAAAAUAAAUUGGGAGUGGCUAAGACCUCAUCUGAACUUGUUAAAAAGACUUAGCCGGCACUUUAGUGAAAAUCUGUGAGAAGAGUUUGCUAAGAAGCAGACAGUGUGCUUGGAAAUGCUGUGUACAGGUCACGACUGCUUUCCCAAAACGCCACAGUUCUCUAAAGAGAAUGCUGGGGACUUUCUGAGUGAGGCACCAGGAAGCAUGUGUGGUCAACGCCAUCCACACAAAAUGAAACUGCACAAUCCGAUAUCUGCACAUGCACAUCAUCUGAAGUUUAUUGUUAUUUCACUAAAGCAAUAAAAAAGUAGAUGUAUCUAGAUGUGGAUAUUAUGCACAGCCUUGUGAAUUUAACAUUUUUUACAUAGUGACAUCAGUGCUGACACAGUAAGCCGAUACAUUGUAAUGAUAGUAAUCUAUUAUAAGCUAUAUGUUAAAAAAAAUGUAUUCCAGUUUGCGAAUGUGAAUAAUAAAUGGGUUUGUGACAAAUAAUAAAAACAAACUGUUUUAAAUGUA